AUUGCGUGCGGGUGAAAACUUUGGUGUAAACAAACAGUUUUUUUUCGAAGUUUCACCACCUCCCUGCAAUUUAAUAAACGUUACUACUGAAAGAAAUAUUACACAUUUGAGGCAAUUUGAAAGGUCAAUACAGAAUGUUGCAAUUAUGAUCUCAAUUAUAGCAACAAUUAUUAAUUCAGUGGCGGAUACCAUUGUUAAAGUAUUUUAUAUUGUGUCAUAUAUAGGAAAACUAAUAGUUGCGACUGCUGCAGGCAUUGCAAAUGCUAUAAACAAUGUUUUUGCAAGUUUGGCGUUACUCCUGCAAAUAGUUUAUGAAGAUAACCUUAAAAUAGUUACAGAAGAUAUACCGAAUUUGGUUCAACAUUCUGUCGAUACCUGUGACAGCCAGAUUCAUUAUGUUUUAAGUUGUUUGGGAUUACUGUUUAAUGAUGUCAACUAUAAGAUUGGGGUAGUACUUGGAACAUUUCUAAGCAUUUUCGAUGCAAUCAUGAAAGUAGUAAGUGAAGUCUUAUUCUUACUGAAAGAUGCUGCCAUAUUUGUGGGCAAUACCCUGUGGCUGAUUAUAACUUUCCUACCGUUACAAGUUCCACUACUCUUACAAAUUGGUUUUGGGUUUGUCAAAAAUGCAGUGUGUGAUGCCAUUGUGGAUUCUUACAUGGCAUUACUAAAAUUGACCAACUUCAUGACAGACGUGCCUCUGGAGUCAUUCCUUGGUAUUGUGAGUGGUAUCAUAUUAGUUCGUCUCUGUGUACAUUUUAGAAGUACGAUUAUUUCACAAAUGAUAGACCUUCACUGGUCAGUUAUAAGAAAAAUAUUAUAUUUGUAUUAUACACUCUAUAAUUAUGUGACUGAUUCAGAAGUGAGGGUGAUUGCACAUAUGGCAAAUGGUCAGAGUAUUGAAACCAGAGAUUCUGAUUUGAGUGUUAAUAAUGAAAAUGAAGACAAUGGAAGUGCAGAUGCUUUGUGUAUUAUAUGUCAGGAACGACAAAAGUGUGUGUUGACGUUACCUUGUCGUCAUGUGUGUUUGUGUGCUGAAUGUUGCAGAAGACUUUAUGGAUAUCAAAGAACUUGUCCUAUUUGCAGAACAUUUAUUUAUCACUCUGUAACAGUGUACUUGUGAUUUUUACAAUUUUCCUAUUAAACAUUCCUUGCUUUGGAUGAUCUAUAAUUUUGCUUGUAUAAAAAUAGUUUGUUAGUGAGAUUGUUGAAUAAACUUUUUAAUCUUUU